AUGAGGGGCCUUCUCCAUCUCCCAGCUCUCCUGGCUUCCCUGAUCUUGCUACUGAGUGCAGCACCUGCUACAAAUGCUCAGGUCACCAAGACUGCCACUAUCUGUGACACUGUGAGUCAGGUCAAGGUCCGUGUCAACAAGGCCUUCCUGGAGUCCCGGACCAGGCUGAAGACCGCCAUGAGUUCCCGGAGGCCCACCACCCGCCAGCUGUCAGAGUAUCUCAAACAUGCCAGAGGCCAGACGCGCACAGUCAUUCGCAGCGGGCAGGUCUGGGAGGAGUCCUUGAAGAAGCUGAGGCAGGUGGCCUUAACCAAUGUCACAGGUCCCAGCCUGGACUUGGCCUCACUGUCUUGGGAGGUGGGUUGUGGUGCCUCUGCCCCCACGGUGACCUGUAACAUGCAUAGCCCUUACCGAACCAUCACUGGAGACUGUAACAACAGGAAGAAGCCAGCUCUGGGCGCUGCCAACAGGGCACUGGCUCGAUGGCUGCCAGCUGAGUACGAGGAUGGGCUCUCCCUCCCCUUCGGGUGGACGCCGGGGAAGAAGCGGAACGGCUUCCCUGUCCCGCUGGCCCGUGAAGUCUCCAACAAGAUUGCCAGAUACCUGAACGAGGAGGGCGUUCUAGACCAAAACAGGUCCUUGCUCUUCAUGCAAUGGGGUCAAGUUGUGGACCAUGACCUGGACUUUGCCCCUGACACUGAGCUGGGGAGCAGCAACUACUCCAAAGCCCAGUGUGAUGAGUUCUGUGUCCAGGGAGACAACUGCUUCCCCAUCAUGUUUCCACCCGGUGACUCCAAGGUGAAGACUCAAGGAAAAUGCCUGCCUUUCUUCAGGGCUGGGUUCGUCUGCCCCACACAGCCCUACAAGUCUCUGGCCCGAGAGCAAAUCAAUGCUCUCACCUCGUUCCUGGAUGCCAGUUUGGUGUAUGGCCCUGAGCCAAGCCUGGCUGGCCGCCUACGCAACCUCAGCAGUCCCCUGGGCCUUUUGGCUGUCAAUCAAGAGGUCUCGGACCACGGGUUGCCCUACCUACCCUUUGUCACCAUGAAACCCAGCCCCUGCGAGUUCAUCAACACCACGGCGGCCGUUCCCUGCUUCCUGGCAGGAGAUUCCCGUGCCUCUGAGCAGAUCCUGCUGGCCGCGUUGCACACCCUCUUUGUCCGGGAGCACAACCGGCUGGCCAGAGAACUGAAGAGACUCAACCCUCAGUGGGAUGGAGAGAAGCUCUACCAGGAAGCCCGGAAAAUCCUAGGAGCCUUCAUGCAGGUCAUCACCUUUAAGGACUACCUGCCCAUUGUGCUGGGUGACGAGAUGCAGAAGUGGAUACCCCCAUACCAAGGCUACAAUGAAUCUGUGGACCCUAGAAUUUCCAAUGUCUUUACCUUUGCUUUCCGCUUUGGCCACUUGGAGGUCCCGUCUACCGUGUCCCGCCUGGAUGAGAAUUACCAACCGUGGGGUCCAGAGCCCAAGCUCCCCCUGCACACCGUCUUCUUCAAUACCUGGAGAAUGGUCAAAGAUGGUGGAAUUGAUCCCCUGGUGAGGGGCCUGCUGGCUACGAAGGCCAAGCUGAUGACUCAGAAUGCAAUGAUGACAGGAGAACUGCGCAACAAGCUUUUCCAGCAAACUCAUACCAUCCAUGGCUUUGACCUGGCUUCCAUCAACAUACAGCGCUCCCGGGACCAUGGACAGCCUGGGUACAACGCGUGGAGAGGUUUCUGUGGCCUCUCGCAGCCACGGACAGUAGAGGAGCUGAGCACCGUGCUGAGGAACAAGGAGCUAGCCAAGAAGCUGCUAGGCCUCUAUGGGACCCCUGACAGCAUCGACAUCUGGAUAGGGGCCACUGCCGAACCCCUGGUAGCCAGGGGCCGAGUGGGACCUCUCCUGGCCUGCCUCCUAGGCCAGCAGUUCCAGCGGAUCCGUGAUGGAGACAGAUUCUGGUGGGAAAACCCAGGGGUCUUCACCGAGAAGCAGCGUGAGUCUCUGCGGAAGAUGUCCUUCUCACGCCUUGUCUGUGACAACACCCACAUCACCAAGGUCCCGCUGAACCCAUUCCAGGCCAACAGCUAUCCCCAAGGCUUUGUGAACUGCUCAGCCAUUGAUAAGCUGGAUCUGACACCCUGGGCCUCGGUGAAGAAUUAG